AAGCUUCAUCAAAAGCAUUGAGAAAGGCCAGUAAAAGGACCCCUUAAACAUCGAAAUGUCUCUUCCUUCAUUGCCAGCUAACUUUGGUGCUGAGAACUUCAAGGCCUCAGCCAAAUACUCUGCCCCAGUGCGUCGCCCUGUCGAGCCAGUUGGACGUUACUUCCUUGCCCAUGCCUCCCGUGCCUUGAGAGGCCACACAUGGUCUGAGUAUGAGAAGAUCGAGGCCGAGAAGAACGUUGCUACUGUUGAUGAGACCGAUGAGGAUGCUGACCUUGGUGACGAGGAGCAAUCCGAGGAACUGUUGUCGCAUGAUCCUCGUGACUGGAAGACUGCUGAUUUGUACGCAGUGUUGGGUAUCUCUCAUCUGAGAUACAGAGCCACUGAGGACCAGAUCAGAAGAGCCCACAGAAAGUCUGUGUUGAAGCACCACCCUGACAAGAAGGGUGAGAAGCAAUUGGGCCAAGAUGGAUUCUUCAAGAUCAUUCAGAAGGCAUAUGAAGUGCUGAUGGACCCAACCAAGCGUCAGCAGUUUGACUCUGUUGAUGAAGGUGCCGAGGUUGCGCCACCAGCUCCAAAGACCAGCUACGACUUCUUUGAGGCUUGGGGCCCAUUCUUUGAAGCCGAGGCAAGAUUCUCCAAGAAGCAGCCUGUUCCACAGCUCGGUGGGUUGGAUGCGACUAAACCAGAGGUUGAAAACUUCUACAACUUCUGGUACAAGUUUGACUCCUGGAGAACGUUUGAGUUCUUGGACGAGGACGUUCCAGACGACUCUUCCAACAGAGACCACAAGCGUUACGUUGAGCGUAAGAACGUUGCUGCCAGAAAGAAAGCCAAGACUGAAGACAACAGACGUUUGUUGGAACUUGUCGAGCGUGCUUUCAAGGAGGAUCCUCGUAUGAAAUUGUUCAAAGAGGCCGAGAAGAAGGAGAAAGAGCGUAUCAAAUGGGAACGUGAAGCCGGUGCUCGUGCUGAAGCCGAGGCCAAGGCUAAGAAGGAAGCUGAAGAGGCUGCUGCUAAGAAGGCUGCUGAGGAAGCUGCUGCUUCUGCCAAAGCUGAGGCAAAGAAGUCCAAGGAAGCUGCCAAGUCCGCUAAGAAGAAGAACAAAAGAGCCAUCAGAAACGCUGCUAAGGACAAUGACUACUUUGGCGACGCUGCAAAGGCUGAAGCUAUCGAUGCCGACAUCAACUUGUUGAUUGAGUCCUUCGACGACUUGGUGUUGCAAGACGUUGCUUCCAAGCUCAACGGUGCCGAUGCCACCACGGCAAAGUCCACUUUGGAGGCAGUUGCAAAGGAGCUCACUGCUUCCGGCAAGAUUCCAGCAUCUAUCCUCACAUACUUUGUUUAGGCAAUUGGCUUAGAAACUAUACAUAGAAGAACGAUGCUGCUUUCUUUCUCUACAGUUUAGUCCAAUUGAUUAGAUCAUAUAUUACUCGCAUAGACCAACGCCCA